UUUAAGGCCUAUUAUAAGAAAGGCAAUAUAAUACUUCCUCUAAUUUGCAAGCCUCCUCUAUAUCUCUCUUAUCUCUUUAUAGGUAAUAAUCCGCUUUACCGGACCUUCCGAACUAAUAUCCAAAUAUAUAAUUAUACUUUUACCUUUAUAUUAAUUAGUUAUAAGAAGAAUAUCCGGAUUAAUUUCUCCUAUAAAAUCUAG